UAUCGUGUUGCAUGAUUAUGUUGGAAACUUAAUGCAUCUGCGGUACUUGGAUCUUUCUUACACUGCAAUUGAGCAUCUACCUGAUUCUGUAAGCACUUUGUAUAACUUGGAGACACUCUUGUUGUUAGGUUGUCGUCGACUCACCAUGUUACCAGCAAACAUGUCCAACCUUGUCAACUUGCGCCAUCUUGAUAUUAGUGGAAGCAGGGUGACUGAGAUGCCAGCAAAAUUUGGUAGACUAAAAUCUCUCCAAGUUUUGACUAGUUUUGUUGUUAGCAGUGACGGGGGAUCAAAAGUUAGUGAGUUGGGGGAGCUUUCCGAACUUCAUGGAACACUUUUGAUUGUGAACCUGCAGAAUGUAGUUGAUGAAAGAGAAGCCUUGAAUGCAAGGUUGAGGAGAAAGAAACAUCUUCAAGAGCUAGAAUUCAAGUGGACGACUACAACUCAUGAUGUACAGAGUGAAACUAAUGUACUCGAAAUGCUAGAGCCACAUCAAAAUGUGAAAAGGCUCAAAAUUCAGAAUUUUGGUGGUAAUAAGUUGCCAAAUUGGUUGGGGAGUUCUUCAUUCUCUAGUAUGGUGUUUCUAUAUCUUUCAGAGUGCGGAAGUUGCUUGUCAUUGCCAUCCCUUGGACAAUUGCCCUCCCUCAGAGAACUCUAUAUAGCAAAGAUGACAAGCCUACAGAAGGUGGGUCCUGAAUUCUAUGGGAAUGCAGUUGAGCCAUUCAGAUCAUUGAAGAUCAUGAAGUUUGAGGACAUGCCCAACUGGAAAAAGUGGUCAACCAUUGAACUUGAACAAAGUGGGGGGUUCCCUUCACUCCAAGAGCUUUACAUACAGAGAUGUCCUAAACAGACCAGAAAGUUACCUCAUCAACUUCCUUCAUUGGAUAAAUUAGUGAUCACUGCAUGUCAAGCUCUCACAGAUUCAAUGCCAUGGGUUCCAAGAUUGAGAGAAUUAGAGCUAACUGGUUGCGAUGCAUUGGUAUCAUUAUCUGAGCAAAUGAUGCAGGGAAACACAUGUCUUCAAAUCAUGGCCAUAAACAAUUGCUCAUCUCUAGUCACCAUCCCUAGGGAUGGCCUACCAAGUACACUAAGAUCACUUGAAAUCUAUGAGUGCAGGAAUUUACAACUAGUCCAUCCUAAGAGUUUGAUGCAGGAGUCUCACUACUAUCAUUCCCUUGAGAGAUUACACUUAAAAAGUUGUUGUGAUUCUCUCAUCUCCUUUCCAUUAUCACUCUUCACCAAGCUUGAAGAACUUCAUGUACAAGACUGUAGCAAUCUCCAGUUGAUUUCAUCUGCUCCAAACAGUCUCCCAUAUCUUCGAAAGUUGAAACUGAAGGAAUGCUCCAAACUGGCUUGGUUCCCUGAAGGAGGGUUGCCUGCAAUGACAUCACUGACUUCUCUUCAUAUCAGUGGACUUCCCAGUCUCACUUCACUAGAGCACACUGGAAUUCAGUACAUUGCCUCUCUCAAAAUUCUGAAGAUUAAAGCUUGUGAUAACCUUGCAUCCCUACCUUUACACAGAUUAGUUACCUCCCUUUCUCAUCUUACCAUCAGAGCAUGCCCAUUGUUAACGUUGCUGUGUGGAAGGUACACAGGGGAAUACUGGGAUAUGGUUUCUCGUAUACCCUCUAGAGUUAUUGAAGAUUAG